CCGGUCCGUCCUCCUGCAUGGUCUGUUGCUCAGUGGUUAAAGGUGGAUCUCCUGUUCUGUGUGCUGGGCUGCGACUGGCUGCUGGGAGCCGCGAGGAGAGCGGGUGAACUCGGAUUCCGCCAUGGAUGCAGUGACCUAUGAGGAUGUGCAUGUGAACUUCACUCCUGAAGAGUGGGUUUUGCUGGAUUCUUCCCAGAAGAGUCUCUACAAAGAUGUGAUGCUGGAAACCUACUGGAACCUCACUAUUGUAGGGUACAGAUGGGAAGACCACAAUAUUGAAGAACAUUAUCAAAAUUCUAGAAGACAUGGCAGCCGGUGUGUCAUCUGUCACUCAGGAUAUAAUCCAUGUGAGCAUAAGGGACAUGGAAAGAAGCAUUGUAGUUCUGGCUCUCUCAGAACAAAUGGAAGAUAUGUGGUAGUCCCCACUAUGAGAAGACAUGAUGACUGUGAUACAAGUUUACAGUUAAUUGGUUUUCCAACUUCAGUGGGAAUUCAUCAAGAAACUCUCAUUGGAGAACAACCUUAUGAGUACCAGGAAUAUGGAAAUUCAUCUCUCUCUACUGGUUCACUUUGCACAUGUAGUGUGGCUCACAGUAUAAGAAAAUGUUAUGAAUGCAAUCAGUGUGGUCAGACCCUGAAUUCUUCAAGUUCUCUUCAAAGAUGUGAAAAAGCUCAUGUGGGAAGAGAAAAUAUUAAAUGUGAGUCAUCUUCUAAAGGUUUUAGGCUUGACAGGCAUCGUCAAACACACCAAAGAACCAAUAACCAAGAGGCUCUCUAUGAAUGUAAUCAACAUGGUAAAGCCUUCAGAUCUGAUUGCUCUUUAGAAGAACACCAAAGAACUCAUUUGGAAGGAAAACCCAAUGAAUAUAAUCAAAGUUAUAAAGCCUUUGGAUGUCACAGUCUUCAUCAUCAAGUAAAUAGAAUUCAAACUCGAGAGAAAUGCUGUGAAUGUAAUCAAUGUAGUAAAGCCUUUGUACAGAUGAGUGAUCUUCACAGACAUGAAAGAAUUCAUAUUGGAGAGAAACCAUAUGAAUAUAAUGAAUGUGAUAAAGCCUUGGCAGAGAAGAGAAAUCUUCACAGUCAUGAAAGAUGUCAUACAAGGGAGAAACCGUAUGUAUGUAAUCAAUGUGGUAAAGCCUUUUCAGGGAAGAAUAGUCUUCGCAGUCAUGAAAGAAUUCAUACUGGAGAGAAACAAUAUGAGUGUGAUCAAUGUGGUAAAGCCUUUGCAUGGAAGAGUCAUCUUGAAAGUCAUGAAAGAAUACAUACUGGAGAGAAACCCUAUGAAUGUAAUCAAUGUGGUAAAGCCUUUGCAUGGAAAAGUUAUCUUCUCAGCCAUGAAAGAAUUCAUACUGGAGAGAAACCUUAUGAAUGUAAUCAAUGUGAUAAAGCCUUUGCACAGAAGAGUCAUCUUCAAAGUCAUGAAAAAAUUCAUACUGGAGAGAAACCCUAUAAAUGUAAUCAAUGUGGUAAAGCCUUUGCAACAAAGAGUUAUCUUCUCAGCCAUGAAAGAAUUCAUACUGGAGAGAAACCCUUUAAAUGUGACCAAUGUGGUAAAGCAUUUGCAAAGAAGAGUAAUCUUCACAACCAUGAAAGAAUUCAUACUGGAGAGAAACCCUAUGAAUGUAAUCAAUGUGGUAAAGCCUUUGCAGUGAGAACUCAUCUUCAAAGUCAUGAAAGAAUUCAUAAGGGAGAGAAACCAUAUGAAUGUAAUCAAUGUGGUAAAGCCUUUGUACAGAAGAGUAGCCUUCUAAGUCAUGAAAGAAUUCAUAUAGGAGAGAAACCCUAUGAAUGUAAUCAAUGUGGUAAAGCCUUUGUACAGAAGAGUAGCCUUCUAAGUCAUAAAAGACUUCAUACUGGAGAGAAACCCUAUAAAUGUAACCAAUGUGGUAAAGCAUUUGCAAAGAAGAGUAAUCUUCACAGUCAUGAAAGAAUUCAUACUGGAUAGUAACAUAUGGAUGUAAUCAAUGUGGUAAUUUCAGAUGUGAGCUGAUGUGAGCUGCCAUGUGGGUGCUGGAAACUGAAUUGUGUGUUCUACAAGAGGUACUUGCUGGAGUCCAGUGUCAUAGGGGUUCAGGUCUAGAAGAGGAGAUCAUGCAUCAGUAGAGGAAGGAGACUGCCAUGAUCUGAGUGUGAAGCAGUAUAGCUGCUGCUUUAUUGAAAAAGAACUACACAUUUUAUGCUCUAUAACUGAAUGUUAGGUUAGACUCAAGCAGGUUAAAAACAGACUUAAUGAUUCCAGGAUAAAAGCAUCCUUCAACCUCAUUACAGCAUUUUUCCUGAGGCAAGUAUCUUCAUGCCUUUCUGGAUGUGAGCCCAUUGUUUCUUUUCAUAGUUGCUUUCAUCCCUGGAACUUGGUGUAUCCAGUUCGUAAAUCUUUAAGUUCUCUAUUUUUGGUGUAAUCAGGGGGACACAAUGGGGCUUCAUGUGUGGGAGUAGGCAUAGUAAUCACAUUGUGUGGUUCCAUGGUGGUCGGGAUUUUUUUCCAAGAAUUUUGUUUAAAGAGACUGCCUUGCCUAUGUAUAUGUUCCAUCCUCCAGUGUAACCAGCAAAAUAAAUUUUCCACAGUAAAAGGCAUAAGGAAACUCCAUAACAUAUAGUGAGAAUUAUUAAAAUUGAAAUAAAAAUCGUGCUGGAGAAUUAAGAUUGGCAAUGUGGAAAUGCUGGAACUUUGUCAAACAGCAAUGGUCACCGUGCAGUCCAUGCCAGGUGCUAAACUGCUAAACCAUCUCUCAUCCCUUUUUAUUUCUUUUAAGAUUCAUUUUAUUAUUGUUAUCUUUGUGAGUCCACAUGAAUAGUAUAGUUUGAAAUCAGAUGUCAGGCUGUGUGACCCAGUUCUUCCUUUCUAUCAUGUCUGUUCUGAGGACCACACCAGGUCCAUCAGUCUUGGUUGAAAGCAGCUUUACCUGAUGAGCCAUGCCAUGAUGAGCACUGAGCCCAGAUAUUUUUUUAGUAAUCGUUGAUUUUUUGUUUGUUAGUUUGUUUUUUACACAGGCUGAUGAAGUUCAGGCUGACCUUGAACUUCAGACGUUUCUGUUUCCACCUCCAGUUACUGGGAUGACAGGUUUUACUACCAUGCCCUGUUUAUGCAGAGGUCUUGUGUAUGCUGAGCAAGUAUUCUAUCCAAUGACCGCCAUCUGAUAUGAAAACAUAGAUGUAGCUGAGUUUUUU